UCACACACCGGAUACUCAUCACAUUAAAAAAAAAACUCUCACGGCUGGAAGCGGCGAGAGAAAAAACAGAGGAAGAAGGACACUUUCCUGGGUCGUGUAUCCCUGCCCACCCCACCUUUCUGAUUUGGGCCGCGUUCGCUUUUCCCGUUUUUAUUUUUUAUUUUGGAUAGUCUCCUCCUGACAGUUUGUCUGUGGCGCACUCCGGUUUCUUUUGCUGACAUGGUAGAUUAUCACGCUGCCAAUAACCAGUCGUCCGCGGGCGGAGUGCAGACCUACAUGGAGCAGGAGAAUGACUGGGACCGGGACCUGCUGCUGGACCCGGCCUGGGAGAAACAGCAGAGGAAGACGUUCACGGCAUGGUGCAACUCCCACCUGCGGAAGGCCGGGACGCAGAUCGAUAAUAUUGAGGAAGACUUCAGAGAUGGACUCAAGCUCAUGCUGCUGCUGGAAGUCAUCUCAGGCGAGCGGUUACCCAAGCCUGAGCGAGGCAAGAUGAGGGUCCACAAGAUCAACAACGUGAACAAAGCCCUGGACUUUAUUGCCAGCAAGGGAGUCAAACUGGUGUCUAUUGGAGCAGAGGAAAUCGUUGAUGGAAAUGCCAAGAUGACCCUGGGAAUGAUCUGGACCAUCAUCCUCCGCUUCGCCAUCCAGGACAUCUCUGUAGAAGAAACCUCUGCGAAGGAAGGUCUUCUUUUGUGGUGCCAGAGGAAGACGGCUCCCUACAAGAAUGUCAAUGUGCAGAACUUCCACAUCAGCUGGAAGGAUGGUCUUGCCUUCAACGCCCUGAUCCACAGGCACAGACCGGAUCUCAUCGACUACGACAGCCUCAGAAAGGAUGACCCUGUAACUAAUCUGAACAACGCCUUUGAAGUGGCUGAGAAGCACCUGGACAUCCCCAAGAUGUUGGAUGCUGAAGACAUCGUGGGUACUCUGAGGCCAGAUGAGAAGGCCAUAAUGACCUAUGUAUCCUGCUUCUAUCACGCCUUCUCUGGCGCACAGAAGGCCGAGACAGCCGCAAAUCGAAUCUGCAAAGUGCUGGCUGUCAACCAGGAGAACGAGCAGAUGAUGGAGGACUACGAGAAACUGGCGAGUGAUCUGCUGGAGUGGAUCCGUCGGACAAUCCCCUGGCUGGAGAACCGAACCCAAGAGAAAACUGUAAAUGAUAUGCAGGCAAAACAGGAGGACUUCAGAGACUACCGUACAGUGCACAAACCACCCAAGGUCCAAGAGAAAUGUCAGCUGGAGAUCAGCUUCAAUACUCUGCAGACUAAACUGAGACUCAGCAACAGACCUGCCUUUAUGCCAUCAGAAGGACGCAUGGUUUCUGAUAUCAACGGAGCGUGGCACACUCUGGAGGGAGCAGAAAAAGGCUACGAGGAGUGGAUCCUCAGUGAGAUCAGACGUCUGGAGAGACUUGAACAUCUGGCUGAGAAGUUCCACCAGAAAGCUGCAAUCCAUGAAUCCUGGACUGAUGGUAAGGAGGCCAUGCUGACCCAGAAAGACUAUGAGACCUCCACUCUAUCAGAAGUGAAGGCGUUGCUACGGAAACAUGAGGCCUUUGAGAGUGACCUGGCUGCCCAUCAAGACCGAGUGGAGCAAAUCGCCGCCAUCGCACAGGAACUCAAUGAACUGGACUACUACGACUCUGCCAGCGUCAACACUCGCUGUCAGAAGAUCUGUGAUCAGUGGGACGUCCUAGGAGCCCUCACCCAUAGCCGCAAAGAGUCACUGGAGAGGACAGAAAAGCAGCUGGAGUCGAUAGAUGAGCUCUACCUGGAGUACGCCAAGAGAGCGGCGCCUUUCAACAACUGGAUGGAGGGAGCGAUGGAGGACCUGCAAGACAUGUUUAUUGUUCACAAUAUUGAAGAGAUCCAGGGUUUGAUCACCGCCCAUGAGCAGUUCAAAUCCACGCUGCCGGAGGCCAACAAAGAGCGGGAGGCCAUCCAGGCCAUCCAGUCUGAGGUGCUGAAGAUCGCCCAGAGCAACGGCAUCAAGCUGAGCGGAGCAAACCCCUACACCACAAUCACACCCAAGAGCAUCGACAGCAAAUGGGAAAAGGCGAUGGCCAUGGUGCCGCAGCGUGACCACGCCCUGCAGGAGGAGCUGAACAAGCAGAACUCCAACGACAGUUUGAGAGCCACAUUCGCCAGUCAGGCCAACGUGGUCGGUGCCUACAUACAGGCUAAAAUGGAGGAAAUUGGCAGGAUAUCCAUCGAGAUGAACGGCACUCUGGAGGACCAGCUGACCAACCUGAAGGACUACCAGAAGAGCAUCAUGUCAUACAUGCCUGAAAUCAACAAGCUGGAGAGUUACCAUCAGCACAUCCAAGAGGCCCUCAUCUUUGACAACCAGUACACCUCCUACACGAUGGAGCACCUCCGUGUGGGGUGGGAACAGCUGCUGACCACCAUUGCCAGAACCAUCAACGAGGUUGAGAACCAGAUCCUGACACGUGAUGCAAAGGGCAUCAGCCAGGAGCAGCUCUACGAGUACCGCGCCUCCUUCAACCACUUCGAUAAGGACCACAGCGGGGCCCUGAUGGCUGAGGAGUUCAAGGCCUGUUUGAUCAGUCUGGGCUACGAUGUGGAGAACGACAAGCAGAAGCGAUCGGGACAGAUGGUCUCAGAUGAUUUCCGGGCUCUACUCAUUGCUACAGGAAACAGCCUGGGCGAUGGUGAAUUUGCUCGCAUCAUGGGCAUCGUGGAUCCCAACGGCAGCGGUGCCGUCACCUUCCAGGCCUUCAUUGACUUCAUGUCCUCAGAAACAACUGACACGGACACCGCAGACCAGGUCAUCGCCUCCUUCAAGAUCCUGGCUGCAGAUAAGAACUUCAUCACACCGGAUGAGCUGAGGAGAGAGCUCCCACCUGACCAGGCGGAGUACUGCAUCGCUCGUAUGGCGCCCUACGCGGGGCCUGACGCUGUCCCUGGAGCCCUUGACUACAUGUCCUUCUCCACUGCUCUGUACGGAGAGAGCGACCUGUAGAGGAGGCAAGAAGAGGAGGAGGGAGGGAGGGAGGGGAGGAAGAGGGGAGGGAGGCAGAGGAGGCGCCAGGAAUGGAGCAUUUGAAAAGUGUGUGCAGUGUUGUGAGGUGCCCCUGCGAGUGCCGGUUUAGAAACCGUCAGAAUAUUUGAAGCCUCUGAGCUGGAUGAUUGAACUGUAGUUGGGUUUGAGCCCAGACAUGUAAAGGUUCAAACGAACAGGCACCUCCAGGGGCAGCUGUGGGACACUUGCUCUCUAAUAUCGGUCCUUAGCUUCACCCUCUCUGCCUUUUUUUGGGAUCAAAUAUGGGGAGGGGACGGGGUGGGGGGGUUGGGCACAAGCUAAUCUGAUACUUAUGCUAAUUUUUGUUUAUUUUAUUAUGGUUUUCUCUUGCCAGAUGGGUUCAGGGCGUUGGGGCUGGGAGGGCUUGAAGUGGGGAUUGGCAAGGUUUGUGUAUUAGAUCCUAGAGAGAUAUAUGCUGCGGGUCAGGGAUGGGAGGGGAGGGGUACCCAGCAAGAAAUAAAAUGACAUAUUUACCCAUUAUCCCAUAAGGUGCCCUGUCUAACCUCAGCUCUUACCUUCCUCCCAUCUUUCUUUCUUUUUUGUUUUGUUUUAUUUUCUGGAGCAGUUGGGUGGGUGUUGGGUUGGGGAGGCUCAGCGCUGUACAUACUUUUUUUUUUCAGUGCAAGGGAACGCCACACAGUACCGUUCAUUAAAAGUAACCAAUCAAAGGCUUUCCAGCAAGUCAGAUAGUGAUGUUUAUUAAAAACCAGAUGAAAAGAGACAGUGAUGGCGACACGCAGAGCAGUUUCACCAGUGGGCAGGUUUGAACUUCCAGAUGUUUUUCUUAUUAAUGGAGAACACUUGUGGACAUGUUGAAGCUGAAGUUGAAGCUUCUCCUGUAUAAAUCCAGUGACAGACAGCUGCAGAUAAUCCACAUCUUUGCUUCUGUAAAACUGUUCUUUGUUUCAUUCAUAUAAAAUAUAAAACUUUCAGAGCUAGUCAAUUUUAUAAACCAGAAAUUUUGCUUAUAGAAUUAUAUACCGGUGUAUGGAAGCAUUUAAUUGGCUGAAUAAAGGUCUCACUGGGUUUUUAUCUUGGGUUUUUACAGUAACCAAACUGUGGGAGCUCCCCAGGUAACUUCUGGAAGUAAUGAAAUAAUUAAGUGGCUAUUGUGCUGGCAGCCCUAUCCCUCUCUUUUUACUCCCUCCUCCAUCCCUCCAUCCCCUCAUCUGUCUCUCAAGAAGGGAAUAAAAAUUUACUGCAAGGAAGAAAAGGAGGGGAAGAAUUGGGGAGUUUUUACAUAGACAUUCCAUUAUGUGAAAAUGAAAGGAAAUUAUGUAAAAAGAAAAAAAAAUAGAAACUAUGCAAUCAUGAUGUGAUCAAUUGAGUUCUAGAGAAAGUUGAGGAAAUCUAUCAGGCUCUUUCUGAGAAGGUUUCCUGUCCAAAUUAAAUGGUGAAUAAGUGAUUUCCUCUGUUGGCUGAUGGGAGAGGAGGGGGCGGCAGAGUGGAGGGGCUGGCGGACAGGGAGGGAAGUGAGAAGAAAAGACUUGGACCAAAAGCUUCUUUCUUUUUUGUUUUUUUUUUUUCUUCCUGGUCAGGAUGAAGAGAAAUGAACUCCAGAAUUGUGAUUUUCCUUUUUUUGUACUCUUUAAUAUCAAACCUUACCUGCUGUACUGGAAACUGCAACGCCUUCUGUCUCUAAUAAGUGAGUUUCACAAAGCACACAUAAAGUUUCCUUACAAAAUA